UUUUGUAGCUGACUUGUAACCUGCUGUCUGGGAUGAGCUCAUGAUUUGUUUACAGUUGGCUAGCUAUGUUAGCUCGCUAGUUAGCCAGCCAGCUAACCUAGCUUAGCUAACGUUAGCUAAGUUGGCUUUAUUCCAGCUAAAAUCAUUAAGCCAUGAACGCCAGCUCACACUGUUGGAUUAUAGUAUAGGGCGGAUUAUUGGCUCUGUGAACAUUAAAAUAGCAAACGUUAAAUAUACAUGAUUAAGAGUGUGAUUAACAAUGCCUUUUUUUUUACUAAAGCUAUGUUUUUUUCCAUCACUUUAGAUUAACUAGGUUAGCUAGCCUAUAAUAAUAACACCAGCAUCCCUGCUGCCAAAGGCUAGCGUUAGCUCAGUUAGCUAGCUAGGUUAGCUAACAAAGUGCACAGAGAAUUGCAGUGAAUUGUGGCGAUUUUAAACACUGAGGCUGGCCAGCUAAGAUAACCUAAAGAGCUAACGCUGCCUAAGCUUUAAAAUAUGCAAAAUCAAGCUAAGUACAUAAGAAAAUGGAGUAAAUUAGCUAGCCAAGCUAACUUAGCGUUAACUAGCUAGCUAAGCUAACGUUAAGAUAUUACACAUAACGUUAGCUGGUCCUGUCCACAAAAUAUAACGGAUAAGAUAUGCUAGCUAAGCUAACCUAUAGCUUAAAACCCAAGUAAACUAGCUAAGCUACAGAAUUAGCUAGGUAUCAUAGCUAGCUAGCAAGCUAUACAAUCUAUAACCCAGCUAAUAAAUCAUGGCCCAUCCUAGCUAGCUGAGAUAGUUAACUGUAAAUGUGCAUUGUCCGCUUGGAUGCAAUAGCUUAGCUAUUAUUUCAGCCAAUUGUGGAGGAUGGGAUCCGUCAAAAUGGUCGAGGGAAGCGAAGCCCUCCCCUUCACUGUCUACUUCCUGGAGUCCGGGAGCCCUAUCGGCUAGAUAGAGCUGUUUACAGUGGGGCGCAAACAUCAAGCGAUGUAUGAUGAGUUUCUGAGGAAGAAAGAUGUGAAAAGAGAGGCUUAUGCUUCAGGGGCGGUGCAGACCUACGCGCCCGUCAGAGAAACAAACCGAACAGCUACUCAGAGCGGAUCAGGCUCAGGCAAGUUUGACCGCACCGAUCCACGGCAGUCACUCAUUUCCGAAACCAUCGCCAAGAUGAUCAUCCGAGACCUGCAGCCUGUACAGAUUGUACAGAACGAGGGGUUUCGGGAGCUGCUGCAGCUCCUCGAGCCCCGUUAUAUCCCAGAACCGAGUCAUUACAUCCAGCAGCAGCUCCUGCCAGCCUACGCCUACCAGGUACAAGUCUCGACCAAGCUGGCCCUGUCAGGAGCAGAGUCCUGCAGCGUAACCCUGGACCUGUGGAGAAGUAAUGCUGUGUCUGUGGGCACUAGCUCUGGCUACAUGGGAGUGACAUGCCAUUUCAUAAGCGCAGACUGGCAGAUUAAAUCUGUACUAUUGGCUUGUUUACCUCUGUCAAAUCAAACUGACACGCAGCGCAUGCUCGCUGACUUUGAGGAAAUCUCUCAUGCUCAUGGCAUCUCAGGUAAGGUGUUCCGCAUAGUCCUUGACCCCUCUGCCUGUGAAAGCCGGUCUGCCUUCCGCCUGCCUGGUUUCUACCUCCAUGGUAAUGGGGAUGUGGAAGAUGAGGAAGAUGAGGAUAGUAGUGAUGAAGAGACCAGCACAGGGAUGUGUGCAGAAGCUGUAAGUGGAGAAGAAGAGGACAACUCUGUGAACCAGUACCUGGGUCAGUGUAGAAUAGACUGUUUUGCACGCUCUCUGAGUCAUUGCGUUCGUGAAGGAAUCCGUUCCUCCCCACAGUUAUCAAUAACUCUCACUAAAGCAGCGUGCUUCUACAACUACAUCAUUGCUACAGUGACUCCUGAAAAACUUGCCCAAGUGUUCAGCCACGUAAACGGACAAGGCCCUCUGGCUUCAGACCGACACUGGAAUGCCCAGCUUAAGACAAUGCGACAGAUGCUUGAGUCGGUGGAUUUCUUAGAAGACAUAGUGGACAGAAAUGAUCUGACCCUCAACAAUGUUGAGAAAACCAUGCUGCGAGAGCUGGUCGAGGUCCUGGAGCCUUUUGAGGAGGCCACAGACAUGGUCCAGGGAGACAAGCAUGUAUCCAUCAGCCUUGCUCUUCCCAGUGUGCUUGGGCUCCGCAAGCAUUUGGCAGAGGUAGUCACACACCAGUGCACUGGAAUUGUAGCAGGAUUGUCUCAGGCGCUGGACCGGAGGCUGGCAGGCAUUCUGGAGGAUCCUCUGUACGUGACAGCGACCACCCUGGACCCGCAGUUCAAGCUUUCCUGGAGCAGCGACCGCGAGUGGCACAAGCAGGUUCUGCUGGAGGAGGUGGGAAAGCACACCCAGGCUGUAAGUCCACCAGAGGCUAGUUUGGAUGCUCAGCCAUCACCAUCCAAACGCAGCAGGCUGUUCUCCUUCAUCAAGCAAAGGCCGACCACUCAGGCCAAGAGCACAGAGCAGGAGCUGUCCGCUUACCUCCUCGAGGAGCCUACAGACGAGGACCCGCUGCAGUAUUGGAAGCGCAAGUCCAUUGACUUCCCUCUUCUUUCACAAGUGGCUAAGAAAGUGUUCACAGUACCAGCCACAUCAACAACAGUGGAAAGGAUAUUCAGUCUGGUGGGGAAAACACUAAGACCGGAGCGCUGCCGACCCUUUCCAAAGAACUUAGAGACACUGAUUUAUUUAAAGGCUAAUUUCAGUUUAUUGUGGUCAUAACAGAAUCAAAAGGGCAUCUUUACAGGUUAUUGACAAUAGCUUUAUAGAAAUUGGGAUUUUUUUUUUAACUGAAGGAUGCCUUCAAUCCCAAAAGCAGUGUGUGCCUGUACGAUCUGAGUAUACAACUGUAGAGAUACCCAAAGGAACAUCAAACUGUCUUUUUUUUUGUCUGGGUAUAUAAAUAUAUAUACACACUCACACACAGUAAAUCUAUUUAUAGAUGCAUAUAUUUACACGUUAAUUACAGUGUAGUCUAGAAUUUUUUCUGUACUAGCUGAUCCUUUUAUCUGUUUAGUUACGUGGCAUGUUUUUCACAUAUUAUAACUCAAUCUCAUGUUCUUUCUACUUGUUCACAGCAAUGUUAUGAUAUCCAAAUAAAUAAUUGAAACGGUCA